AUGUCUGUAGUGCCUGAUAAGGUCCUGAACUGGCUCUACAGCGUCCUCACCAGCGAAUACCGCGAUGUGAACCGCACAUAUUCCGACGCGGCCGACGCGCUCUCCCAGUACCCUUCCCUCACCCCCAGAACAGAGGUCUACACAUACGAAAAUGGCUCCUCUGCCCUCCUACUCCACCUUACGGGCACGCUUCCUGUCCAGUUCCGAGGCACCCUCUAUCGCUUUCCUAUCGCGCUAUGGAUACCGCACGCAUACCCUCAUGAGCCGCCGAUGGCGUACGUGACCCCGGCUCAGGACAUGGCUGUAAGGCCGGGACAGAAUCAUGUGGGCGGCGAUGGGAGGGUGUAUCAUCCGUACUUGGCGAAUUGGGGGAAAUUCUGGGAUAGAUCUUCUAUAUCCGACUUCCUUACUAUCCUUCAAGGCGUCUUCGCAAAGGAGCCACCGGUAGCAUCAAAGAAUCAACAACAGCAAUACGCGCCGCAGUCCAGCACCGUGCAUGCCGCGCCACCGGUUCCGCCGCCCCCAGAAGAGUUGCGCAGUUCAGUUCGGCCACCCCAGACAGGCUCUCCCAUUCAAAGGGCAACUCCAGUGCCGCCCCCAAAGCCUUUGAAGCCGCAUGAAGCUUCCUCAGGCAUCCGAAAUGGCCCUGGUCAGCAGCGAUUGCAUGCACCACCUCCUGUACCGCCGUUGCCGCCUGGCGUCGGCACACCGCAUGGUCAAAGAAUUAGUGCUUCUGGGUGGCACGAAGCACAACUACCGCAACACCUGCCACAGCGACAAGCCAGCCUUGAGAUGCGCCCGCCGCCGCCGUUACCGCCUCCGCAGACACCAUCUGCACGCUUCCCUCAGAUCCCUAGUAGUGCGGGCAGCCCUGUUCCUCCAGGUGUGCGGCCACCAGGUUCCGCUCCACGGUAUCAAAACACCCUGCCCCCGCCUCAACCACCCUCGGGAUACGCGCCGUUACGGCCACCGUCCCAACUUAGCCGUCCUCCAGCGAACCAGAUUCCACAGCAACCGGCCCAACCCGUCUACCACCACCAACUCCAACAUCCCCAAUACAUCGGACCACCCGCACAACAGCAGCUACCUAAAGCCAAAGUCCUCCACCCUAUCCCCGACCUCCUCUCCUCCCCCCUCGACGUGACCCUGCCCUCACAAACCGGUCCCAGUAUUCCCCUCCCCCUCCCCCCCGUGCCCCCCAACCCCGAAAAAGAUGCCCUCCUCACCGCACUCUCCACGUCCCUCGUCUCCCAAAUACGCAGGACGGUAGAAGAGAAUAACUCCGCCCUCCCCGCGCUCCAAGCCCAACACUCCGCCCUCCUAGCCGCAACCUCGCGGCUCCAGUCCGAGCUCUCCCAGCUGCAGCAGCUCGACGCAGCGUUGGCGUCUAAUGAAAAGAUACUGAGAGAGGCGAUGAGAGAGGCUGAUCGGGUGAUGGAGGAUGCGCGGAACAGGAAGGUGCCGGAUGUGGAUGAGGUGCUUGUUGCGGGGCAUGUGGUGGGCAAUCAGCUGUACAGUCUCGUGGCGGAGGAGAAGGCGUGUGCGGAUGCGGUGGUGUGUUUGGGGAGAGGGUUGGAUAGGGGGGUUGUGGGGGUUGAGGGGUUUGUCAAGCAAUGCAGAGCCGUUGCGAGAGAACAGUUCUUGAAGAAGAUGCUUAUCAAGAAGAUCGAGAGGGGUAUGGGGUUAGAUGGGGUGUAG